AUUAAAUUUACUUUAUAUCUUAUAUUGGCGAAUCCUUGGGAUAUUAAUCGGCAGAUUAUUGGUUCCUUUAUUCAAUUAUACGUUUGGAGUAAAAGAAGAUAAAAGAAUGAUGGACGCAGAAGAAUUAGAAUUAGACAAAACACAUGGUUUACAUGAGGACAUGAGUAUACAACAACCCCUUGCCUCCCCUGGAGUGACCCCAAGGAUUGACUUACUACCCUUCAGCAGUCCAGGAGCCUUAGUAACACCCAGAUCCAGCAGGUCAGUUGCUUCAAGAGUGACUCAGAUGGAGGUUCAACAACGAAGAAGCUCGUCUAGGUCGAUAAAACGAAAGAAAUUUGAUGAUGAGGUGGUUGAAAGCAGUCUAAUAAAGACAGAGCGGGGCCGUAUGAAACUUCCACCACCUCCACCCCCACCUUAUGUGGAAAAAGAGAAACCAGAGCCUGUUGAAAAGGAAAUACCAGUGGCACCACCUCCAGAGAAGAAAAAGGUCAUAGUCACACCACACCCAGAAAAAAAGAAAGUAAAAAUUUCAUCCAAAUCUCAUUCUUCGUCGUCUUCAUCAAAACGAGCUAAACGUCAAAAGCCACCAGCUCCGGCGUCUACGAAAGACUUGGGUCGAUGGAAACCUCAAGAUGAUUUAGCACUGAUAACAGCAAUCCAACAGACAAAUGAUCUCACAGCGGUCCACCUAGGCGUUAAGUUUUCAUGUCGAUUCACGUUGAAAGAAAUCCAGGAGAGAUGGUAUGCUCUGCUCUACGACCCGGUCAUAUCAAAACUUGCAAUCCAGGCUAUGAAACAACUCCAUCCUGAUAUCAUGAACAACGUUCAGGGAAAAGCUCUGUUUAGUAAAGAAGAGGAAACGUUACUGGGAACUAUAGCAUCUACUAGUCAACCAACAGGAGAUACAUUCCAAGAUCUUCUGGAAAAAGAAUCUGAUGUUUUCCACCCACUCCGCACUGCUAAAGCUCUUAACAACCAUUGGAUACUAAUGAAACAGUACCAUCUGCUUCCUGACCAAUCAGUACAACCCAUGCCUCGCGGUGACCAUGUCCUGAAUUUCUCAGAUGCAGAGGACAUGAUGAAUGAUGAGGAUGUAAGGGACCCUAAGGACGAGACAUUAGAACAAGAAUUGAAUGUGUCAGACAGAAGAAAUAAGAAAGAAAUUCGUCAUUUAGAACAAGAACUACCCAAAUGGCAGGUGCUUGUUGACAGUGUGACAGGUAUUAGUCCGCCUGACUUUGAUAACCAGACUUUGGCGGUACUUCGCGGUCGUCUGGUGCGUUAUCUAAUGAGAUCAAGGGAGAUAACUCUGGGACGAGCCACCAAAGAUAACCAGAUAGACGUAGACUUAUCUCUAGAAGGACCUGCCUGGAAAAUCUCACGUCGCCAGGGAAUCAUCAAGCUUAGAAAUAACGGAGACUUCUUCAUUGCGAAUGAGGGCAAGCGACCUAUUUAUAUUGAUGGGCGUCCAGUUCUUGUUGGAAACAAGCAGAAACUAUGUAACAAUUCAGUUGUAGAGAUUUCAUGUCUUCGGUUUAUUUUCCUUAUCAACCAAGAUCUUAUUAAUGUUAUCCGGACAGAAUCACAGAAACUGACCAGUGUUUGAUGUCACAAGGGCAGAUCAGUGAAACUGACCAGGUGUUGAUGUUAGAUGAGCAGAAUAGAGAAACUGAUCAAUGUUUGGUGUCACUCAUGGAGAAUAGAGAAACAAACCAAUGUUUGAUGUCACACGAACAGAAUCUCAAAAACUGACCAAUGUUUGAUGUCACACGGACAAAACAGCGAAACUGACCAGGUGUUGAUGUCAGAUGGGCAGAAUAGAGAAACUGAUCAAUGUUUGAUGUCAUAUGGGCAGAACCUCAAAAACUGACCAAUGAUUGAUGUCACAGGGGCAGAAUCUCAAAAACUGACCAAUGUUUGAUGUCACAUGGACAAAACAGUGAAACUGACCUGGUGUUGCUGUCACAUGGACAGAAUAGAAAACUGAUCAAUGUUUUAUGUCACACAGGCAGAAACUGUCCAAUGUUUGAUGUCACAUGGACAGAAUGGAGAAAUUGACCAAUGGUUGAUGUUUUACAGUCAGAAACUUACCAAUGUUUGAGUCAGAAUGCUUCAGAAAGUGGCAUUCGUGUUUCAAAGUCAAAAGAUAGAACAUUCACAGAAUCUCACAAGUUUGUUUGAAAUCGAAAGCUAAAUGGUACAGAUGGAGUUGACAUUGUGUGAAAACAGUAAAAACAUGGACUUGGAGCCAUUUAAUUGACCAAGAUGAAAGAAAUAUGUGUAGUAUAUAUAUCAACACUAAUCUUUCUGGCAAAAUGUUUGUAUAUCAAACUGGUGGUGAUAGAUUCAUUCAUGUCCCCACGUCCUUCAUUGUAUUUACAGAUUGACAUUAACAGUCUGUACUGUUAUUAUGUCUGUAGAAAUUGAUUUAAAGAAAGAAAAAUAAUAAUAUUAAGAAACCAGCUUCAGAAAAGUAUAAUUGGUGCUUAAAAUCAUCAUGUUUUCCAAGAACUGUAUUAAAUAAUGGUUGAUUAAACACUAAAUAUAUUUAUAGCUGUAAAAAAGUUAAUUACUGCAACAAAGCCAAUAAACAAUAUGUUGAACAUAUUGACUAAUAUCAGAGUCCUUCACAUUAUAAGAUAAUCUAUCACUACUGUUUCGUGAUCUGUUGAAUGAGUUGCUUUGAUCAGACUUAUCAUCAAAUAUCAUUUCAAUUUUAAAUUAAUUGUUUCAUUUUGUCAUUGUUAUCAUUGUUUUCUUUUCGUCAUUUGUUCAGUCAUGAAUAUUUUAUCAUCAUGAUAUUAAUUCAUAUAUCAUUAUCAUCGCUUCAUUAUCAGACGUUUUAUCGUCCUUACUAUCGCCAACGUCAUGACAUCAUUUAGAGUCAUAACUUGAUUAAAUCAAAAUUACUUUAUCCUCAUCAGAUCCCCUUCACAAACUCAUUUAGUGUCAUUUAUUGUUAAUAUUUUUGUACCUACUAUGAUAUAUGUUGUUAUGAGAUGGCUGGUUUAGACGAUCUAGACUGCUGAUGCUUUGUGAACAUGUAGGAGAUAUGUGGAGCAUAUGUAUGUAAAAUAUGUUGUGACUGAGAGUGAAGCAUGCCUGUGUUAAGUACCAUAUUUAUCUGACAAUAAGCCAGAGGGUUUUCAUAUAAAAUCUGAAAAUUUGGGCGGUGGACUUAUGGACAACGAUAUACCAUUUACUGUUGUUAAUGCUGAAUCUGUAUAUAUACGGUAUAUAUAUAUAUAUAUAUAUGGGUGGGCUUAUUACCAGGCAUGGUCUUAUUACUGGAUGCAUAUGGAAGGUCAGGUUGUUAUGUUCAAUGUUGGAUGUAUGUUUGCAUACA